AAAGUUUAAUUAGUCAACUUUGAACCGAACAUUAUUAAUAAUUUCUCACCGUUUAAUCAAUUUGUAAUUAAUAAUUAUGGUUUUACGAAGUAUCAUUACCAAAAGGGUCUUAAUUAACAUCCUUAGAACACAAAAAGUUAACUUCUCAAAUGAAGCUAAUAUUCCCAAAAACGUUUUAACCGGGGUUAUUUCAGCCGAUAAACAACCAGAAAAUGGGAUAGUUUAUGACAAAAAACCUUUUAAAAUGCGUUUAGAAACUGAAAAGAAAUAUUCGUGGUGUUUGUGUGGGCGGUCGAAGAAUCAGCCUUUAUGCGAUGGGACCCAUAAGAUCCCACAAUUAAAAAUCAAACAAAAGCCGAUUCGGUUCCAAGUUGAAAAAACGAAAGAUUAUUGGUUGUGUAAUUGUAAACAAACUAAUAAUAGACCGUUUUGUGAUGGGACGCACAAAACGAAGGCUGUUCAAGAAGCUACGUCGACAAUAAAAUGAAACUUUUAUGUAACAAAGUUUAGAUAAAAAUUAAUUAACAAAUAAAACGAAUAAAUUUAA